AUGGCGUCAGUCUCCUCUCUAGACAAGGACAUGAAGAAUAUACGCCUGUCAAAAUAUACCCCGCAAGCCGCAAACGAAGUCAGAACCUGGAUCGAGAGCGCAUUAGGCGAGCAAUUGCAGCCUGGUGACCUCCUGCAGGCGCUGAAAGAUGGUACUACACUCUGCAAGCCAUCACAAGCUAUCGGAGGCUCUGGAAGUCCCCUCAAGCCUCCUGGGAGUUUCAACACUUCGAUUCAAGAUUCAACACCCAAAGGUUCCGGAGGAGGAGUUAGCAGUUGGAGCAGGAAGACAGAUGAAGGGAAAACAGCGCCAGCUUGGAAUAUCCAUCAAUAUGGGUACAUGGGCGGCGCAAGUCAAGGUAACCAAGGUAUUUCCUUUGGUGCACGACGGCAGAUUACAAGCGAUGCACCAAAAGUACCGAGUCUUGCGGAGAAGGAACGUAAGAGAAGAGAACAAGAAGCUGAAGCAGGGCGGCUGCAGAAAGAGCAAGAGCAGGCGGAAGAAAGACGCCGUAAGGAGGAAGAGACAAUGCGUAGACAGGAAGAUCAGAGGCGAGAAGAAGAAGCGACCCGGCAAAGGGAAAUCGAGAGGCAACGCAUAGAAGACGAGAAGAGACGGUGGCAGGAGGAAGAGAGAAGAUGGAAGGCAGAGGAAGAAUUGCGUGCGAAAGAAGAGCAAGACGCAGAAGCUCGUUUAGCAAUCGAUAGACAGAGGAAAAAGGCUCAUGAAGAUGUUCGGCUCACAGGCCAGUUUCUGUCACAGUAUCAAGCAGAGCAGAAACGGCAGCCUAGCAUUGGAAACAGUGAAAGGGAAAGAAUACAAGAGCUUGAGCGGCAACUCGAAGAGGCGAAAGCUCGGGAAGAACAAUAUGAGCGCGAGCGUCAAGAGAGACUCCAGGGAAACCAGCGGCGUGAAAGAAGUCGAUCACGACCUGUUCCCCAGUAUCGGCGGAAUGAAUCAAGAAGCAAAAGCCGAACGAGGUCAGUGCCAGCGUUCGCUUUUCAAGAAGACGAGGGCCCAGAUCGAGAAGAUGAACGAGAUUUUCUUCGCAAACAAUGGCAAGAGAGCCAAAUUCAGCCAGAGGAAGCAGGACCAGCAAAACCACCGCGACCAUUGCCAUCUCCACAACCGGCGAGAGAAAUACCACCCUUAGCGCCGAUACCACCGCUUCAGCCACCACGCCCGUUGCCAAUACCUCAGACCUCCCAUCUCCCAGCGCAGGGUGAGCACUCGAAGACUCCAUCACCUCCCCCUCCAUCCUUGCCGACACGCCCACUUCCUGAUCCGGCAAAUUACACCUCAUCGACAUCACCAACUCGCAAGUCUCCCUUUGCACGCCCUCAAGCAACUCCGUCCCCAUCAAUACCAACCUUAUCCAAGUCUCCCGCGUCUAACACACCGAGUAAUCCCCUUCGUAAGCCACCUUUCGCGAAGCCUUCUUCACUCUUGUCCAGGGAAAUGGAACUCGACCGCCAACGGCAGCAGGAAUGGGAGGAAGCGCAGAAAGUGACCCAAGCUGCAGCUGCUUCUGGCGUUAGGUCUAGUGAAGCAGUCACUCCUGGAGGAGGAGCUUGGGAUACUUCGCAAUACGGGUACUUGGGUGGAGAUAGCCAGAACAGAGGCGGUGAAGGCAUCAAUUUCGGUGCCGCUAGGAGGCAGCUCGUUGGGCCUCGAGAUCCGCCAGGCAAAAGCAGCGGAUAA